GUUUUUUUAACUAGUCUACUACCUACGGGGUUAAGGCGCAGUAUAGACGCCUAUUGUACGGAUGAUGGCUCUAGGCGUCUAGGGGGUGUGUCACGAGAUAUGGAUGUGGUUAAUGCUGCCCACAUUGAGUGGGCCCGCUUUUUGUGA